AUACAACGCGUUAAGUUGAAUUUGAUUUACUACUAUAAAAUACACAGAUCAUCGAGUGAGUAGAGUAGUGUAAAUGGCAAAACCUAGAGAAGCCACUGCGAUGGCUUCUUCGCCGUCCUCUCUCUCCCCUCCUGAAAUUCCAAUGGAGCUCCACGAAAUCAAUCGAUCGAAACUCAUCAAGUAUCUACGCGAACAUCUCUGUCACUCGUCUCGUCCUCUCCAAGGUUUUGUACUUCUCCAGGGCGGCGAGGAACAAAAUCGCUAUUGCACCGAUCAUGCCGAACUCUUCAGGCAGGAGAGCUAUUUCGCUUAUUUGUUUGGAGUAAGAGAGCCCAGUUUUUAUGGAGCCAUUGAUGUGGCGACAGGGGAAUCUAUUCUGUUUGCUCCCAGGCUAUCUGCUGAAUAUGCUGUUUGGUUGGGAGAAAUAAAGCCAUUAUCCUAUUUUAAGGAAAGAUAUAUGGUUAGCAAGGUUUUCUAUACUGAUGAAAUUGUAAAAGUUUUGCAUGAUCAGUACCACAGCUCAGAAAAACCUUUAUUGUUUCUCUUGCAUGGGCUCAACACUGACAGCAAUAAUUUCUCAAAACCAGCAGAGUUUGAGGGGAUUGAGAAGUUUGAGAUGGAUCUAAAUACGUUGCAUCCCCUUUUAACUGAAUGCCGUGUUUUCAAGUCGGAUCUGGAGCUUUCUCUGAUCCAGUUUGCCAAUGAUAUAAGUUCCGAAGCUCAUGUUCAGGUUAUGAGAAAAACAAGAGUGGGCAUGAAAGAAUAUCAGUUGGAAAGCACGUUCCUUCACCACACCUACAUGUACGGUGGAUGUAGGCAUUGCUCAUACACAUGCAUUUGUGCUACUGGUGAAAAUAGUUCCGUUCUCCACUAUGGGCAUGCAGCGGCUCCAAAUGACAGGAUUUUUCAAGAUGGCGAUAUGGCAUUAUUAGAUAUGGGAGCUGAGUAUCAUUUUUAUGGUUCUGACAUAACUUGUUCCUUCCCCGUAAAUGGAAAAUUUACAAGUGACCAAUGUCUUGUAUAUAAUGCUGUCCUUGAUGCUCAUAAUGCUGUCGUAUCUUCCAUGAAACCUGGAGUAAGCUGGGUGGAUAUGCACAAAAAGGCAGAGAUAACUAUUCUUGAGGCAUUGAAGAAAGGGGGCCUCCUUGUUGGUGAUGUUGAUGAUAUGAUGGUGGAGAGAUUAGGGGCUGUUUUCAUGCCCCAUGGUCUGGGUCACUUCUUGGGACUCGAUACUCAUGAUCCUGGGGGCUUCUUAAAGGGAGCGAAGAGACCCGGAGAACCUGGGUUAAAGGCUUUACGUACAAGUAGAGAACUCCAGGAGAGAAUGGUGAUAACAGUGGAGCCUGGAUGCUACUUCAUUGAUGCUUUGCUGGUUCCGGCAAUGGAAAGUUCAAACACUUCAAAGUUUUUUGUCCCUGAAGAGAUUAAUAGAUUUAAAGGUUUUGGUGGAGUUCGAAUCGAAAGUGAUUUGCGUGUUACUGCCAAUGGCUGCGUGAACAUGACCAAAGUUCCAAGAGAGACAAGUGAAAUCGAGGCUGUUAUGGCGGGGGGACCAUGGUCCAUCAAGAACCCUAUUAUUUGUUCAGAAAAUGGCGGAAAGCGCUAGUUUGUCAAUGUUAGUUGUGCCUCAUAAUGUGCAUGAAAAAGAUGUAAAAUCAGAAAACUAUUGCCUGGUGUCAGUUUUCGUUAUAAUGUACAAUCAGAAAACUAUUACCUGAUGUACCUGCCAAUAAAUUUGUAGCUGUUGAGAAGAAUCAUAGUUUAUAAAUGCUAGUAACAUUGCUGAAACCGUUGGAGUCCUUUCAGGCAUUGUUCUAACCAGGGCCGUCUUGUAGUGAUUUUGGAUUGAUUGGAGGAUGGAAAGAAAAAUAAAGGAAAUGGAGGGGAAGUUUUUCUCAU